GUCAGUGUCUGACGACAGAGGCUACUUCCGGGUUUCUUAGUGACGCAGUAAGAUGGCGGCAGCAGCGAUGGAUGUGGACACGCCAAGCGGCGCAAACAGCGGAGCUAGCAAGAAACGUUUCGAAGUGAAGAAGUGGAACGCCGUGGCGUUGUGGGCCUGGGACAUCGUGGUGGAUAACUGUGCGAUCUGUAGGAACCACAUCAUGGACCUCUGUAUAGAGUGCCAGGCCAACCAAGCGUCUGCUACCUCUGAGGAGUGCACCGUCGCCUGGGGAGUCUGCAACCAUGCAUUUCACUUCCACUGUAUCUCUCGCUGGCUGAAGACUCGACAGGUGUGUCCUCUGGACAACAGAGAGUGGGAGUUUCAGAAGUACGGACACUAGCUCCUCUCACCUUCCUCUCCGGGCUCCUGAAGAGCCGACCCUCAGUGUUCCUCUCCUGCUCGUGACCCCUCGUUAUUUUACACCCGUGUCUUUGUUUUGGUAUGUUGUACACAAAUAAACUUGAUUGUUGACACAAA